CAUCUGUUGGAAACCGGCAUUAGUUUUGAAGAAAGGAGAAUUGUUUAAAGGAAAGAAAAGUAUAUUAGCGAUGUGCCUUUAUAACUCCGAAUGCGUAGAAAGCAGCAAUGAACCACUCAUCUAUCAAAUCAACUACAGUCAAGCCCGUAGGAAUGUGCGGGUUUUCGAUUAUUGUGUAGAUUGACAGAAGCGUUAUAUGAACAUGUGUUCGAAUGUGCCGUUUUCGUUAAAUUGGACUUGUUUUAUCAAUUUAAGUUCCUCAAUUUCAAGAGAUCUGACAAUAAUAAUUAAUUUAUGUUGUUGGUAAAUUUCAAAAAUUAAAAAAUCUAUACAAAUCUUGCGCUAGACGUUACCUUUCAUCUGAAGAUGUAGUACAUUUACUAGUAAAUGUGUUGUAGAGAACGACAAGAAGAUUUCUACUUCAAUUACAAAAGUAGGGCAAAACACCGCGUGGAAUGAUUAACUUCAACCAAACAUUUAUCAUCGGACAGCGUCUCUUGAUUUGACCUUGGUUUAUGUGUGUUUGUGAAAAAUGCGAUAGGAACGAAGUGUGGGUAAUAUGGAACCCCUUUUUUUCCAGUUCCCUCAACCACAUGCACAAAAGCAGGGAACCUGUUCUUUACAAUAUAUUUGUACGAAUUUUAGCCGGGUUUUUUUUUCUAUGGUGAUGAUGAUCUAUGGCAGGUCUAGAAUACGAUCUGUUCUUUACGAGAAAAGGCAAGAUCUAUUGUAUCUAGGAUUGGGAUUUGUUGUCCUUUUCUGUUUUGACGAAUAUAUACGGGAGUUCCAAAUAUUUUAGGUUAACAUUAGCGCGUUAUUGUUAGGUCGUUCCAAGAAAUCGCCGUGUAAAGAAGGGUCCGUAGGAAUUUUGUUUUUAAAAAUUUUAUUACAUGAAUUACGUGGUAACGUGUCUUUAAAAAAUUAGAUAACCAUGCUGCCGAACGAGGAAGCUAUCGUCGCAUUGCCGAGCGAAGUACGGAAGCAAGAGUUGAGUGAAUAUAGACCGCCGACGGCUUACCUGGUGCUGGAGGAUGGGACAAUCUUUCCCGGCCACAAGUUCGGUGCGGAUGUGAGCGUAGAUGGUGAGGUCGUGUUUCAGACGGGUAUGGUAGGUUAUCCGGAAUCGAUGACCGACCCGUCGUAUCAUGGCCAGAUACUGGUGCUAACGUAUCCGUUGAUUGGCAACUACGGCAUCCCGGAUGCGGAUUUGGAUGAGUGUGGGCUAAUGCGGCACUUUGAGUCGAACAACCGCAUAUGGACUGCUGGGCUGGUUGUGAGUGAAAUAUGCCACGAACCAUCGCACUGGCGCAGUAAGCUAACGCUGUCAAGCUGGAUGUGGAGGCAUGGUGUGCCGGGAAUUAGUGGAAUAGAUACGCGAGCGUUGACUAAAAAGAUACGCGAAAAUGGCACUAUUCUAGGAAAGAUUGUUCAAUCACGUGUCUUGUCGAUUGCCGGUCUCAACUUUAGCAAUCAAAACUUGCGAAACCUGGUCGCGGAGGUAUCAUUGGCUCAGCCGCGCACCUACAACGAAUCAGGUUCGCCCCGAAUUUUGGCAAUAGAUUGUGGCUUAAAGCUAAAUCAAGUGCGUUGCUUCGUUAGCCGUGGUGCACGGUUGGAUGUGGUACCGUGGAAUGCACGACCGAACCCGGACGAGUACGAUGGGCUGUUUCUUUCGAACGGUCCCGGCGAUCCGGAGAUGUGCCGGGAGGUGGUGGAAAAUCUGCGGAGUUUGCUCAACAUGAAGACGGCGAAGCCAAUCUUUGGCAUCUGUCUCGGGCAUCAGAUCCUCUCGACGGCGGCCGGCUGUCGUACGUUUAAGAUGCGCUACGGUAAUCGGGGUCACAACCUGCCCUGUAUGCAUCUUGGCACUAGGCGAUGCUAUAUGACGUCGCAAAAUCAUGGUUUUGCGGUCGAUUCCAAUCAGAUGCCGGUAGGAUGGGAGGAGCUGUUUACUAACCUGAACGAUGGUACGAACGAGGGUAUUGUGCAUCAGACUAAGCCGUACUUUAGUGUGCAGUUCCAUCCGGAACAUACGGCUGGUCCGGCAGAUUUGGAGGUGUUGUUCGAUGUGUUUCUUGAGGUGGUGAGUGAGUACAAGCGAGAGCCUAAGAAACAGCACGUGUCGGUAAAGGACCGUUUGAACGAGCGACUGCAAUACGUACCACCGGUACCGAUCGAUCUGGAGCGUCCCAAGAAGGUGUUAAUAUUGGGAUCGGGUGGAUUGUCUAUCGGGCAGGCUGGAGAGUUCGAUUACUCUGGAUCGCAGGCGAUCAAGGCACUGAAGGAGGAACGCAUUCAAACGGUCCUGAUCAACCCAAACAUUGCAACCGUUCAGACUUCCAAGGGGUUGGCGGAUAAGGUGUACUUUCUACCGUUGACUCGGUAUUACGUGGAGAAGGUAAUCAAGGCAGAAAGACCCGGCGGUGUACUGUUAACGUUUGGUGGCCAGACCGCUUUGAACGUUGGCAUUGAGAUGGAACGGGCCGGAUUGUUUAGUCGGUACGGUGUGAAGAUUAUGGGUACACCGAUCAGUUCCAUCAUUGAAACCGAGGAUCGCAAGUUGUUCGCCGAACGUGUGGCUGAGAUUGGUGAGAAGGUCGCACCGUCAGCAGCGGUAUACUCCGUAUCGGAAGCACUCGAUGCGGCGGAUACGAUCGGCUAUCCCGUAAUGGCACGUGCCGCAUUCUCGCUCGGUGGUCUUGGUUCGGGUUUUGCGAGCAACGCGGAAGAACUGAAGGCACUAGCGAACCAAGCUUUGGCACAUUCCAAUCAGCUCAUCAUUGAUAAGUCGCUCAAGGGCUGGAAGGAGGUAGAGUACGAGGUGGUGCGCGAUGCCUACGACAACUGUAUCACCGUGUGCAACAUGGAGAAUGUCGAUCCGCUGGGCAUUCACACGGGAGAAAGUAUUGUGGUGGCACCGUCUCAGACACUUUCCAACCGGGAGUACAACCUGUUGCGCUCCACAGCGAUACGUGUCAUACGGCACUUUGGUGUAGUUGGGGAGUGUAACAUCCAGUACGCGUUGAAUCCGGAAUCGGAAGAGUACUACAUCAUUGAGGUGAAUGCACGCCUGUCGAGAAGUUCCGCGUUGGCCAGUAAGGCAACUGGGUAUCCGUUGGCGUACGUGGCGGCAAAGUUGGCGCUGGCGAUACCGCUCCCAGACAUCCGUAACUCGGUGACCGGUGUGACGACGGCCUGCUUUGAGCCGAGUCUCGAUUACUGUGUGGUGAAGAUGCCACGCUGGGAUUUGGCGAAGUUUGCACGCGUUAGCAAGAAUAUUGGGAGCUCCAUGAAGAGUGUCGGCGAAGUAAUGGCGAUUGGGCGUACCUUCGAGGAAGCGUUCCAGAAGGCACUGCGGAUGGUGGACAGUGUGAAUGGGUUCGAUCCUUACCUGAAGCCGGUGAAUGAGCAGGAGCUGGAGCAACCCACCGACAAGCGUAUGUUCGUGUUGGCUGCUGCCCUGAAGGCCCGCUACACGGUGGAACAGAUCUACGAGCUGACCAAGAUAGAUCGUUGGUUUUUGCGCAAGCUGAAAGGUAUCAUCGACUUUACCGAUGAGCUGGAAGAGCUCGAGCACGGUUGCGUACCGGAGGCAGCGAUGUUGCGUGAAGCAAAACGGCUUGGCUUUUCCGAUCGUAUGAUUGCGCAGUGCGUUAAAAGUACCGAGCUGGCGGUACGGAUGCAGCGUAAGGAACUUGGCGUAUUACCCUUCGUGAAACAGAUUGAUACAGUGGCGGGUGAGUGGCCUGCCUCGACUAACUAUCUCUACCUGACGUACAGUGCCACCGAAAACGAUGUCGAGUUCCCGGGACAGUACACGAUGGUGAUCGGUUCGGGUGUGUAUCGGAUCGGCAGCUCGGUCGAGUUCGAUUGGUGUGCCGUCGGGUGUUUGAAGGAGUUACGCCGAUUAAAUCACAAAACCAUCAUGGUGAACUACAAUCCCGAAACGGUCAGCACGGAUUACGAUAUGUGCGAUCGGCUGUACUUUGAGGAAAUUUCGUUCGAAGUCGUGAUGGAUAUUUACGAUGCGGAGCAACCGAUGGGUAUAAUUCUUUCGAUGGGUGGCCAACUGCCGAACAACAUCGCGAUGGAUCUGCAUCGGCAGCAGGCACGCAUUUUGGGCACGUCACCCGAAUCGGUCGAUAGUGCCGAAAAUCGGUUCAAGUUUUCGCGCAAGCUCGACCGCAAGGGGAUUUCUCAACCGCGCUGGAAGGAGUUGACGAAUCUGGAAUCGGCGAUCGAGUUUUGUGAGGAGGUCGGAUAUCCGUGUCUGGUACGGCCUUCCUAUGUGCUGUCCGGUGCCGCCAUGAACGUAGCCUACUCAAACCAGGACCUCAAGACGUACCUGAAGCACGCGUCCGACGUCAGCAAAGAGCAUCCGGUGGUGAUCUCGAAGUUUCUGGUCGAGGCAAAAGAAAUCGAUGUGGAUGCAGUUGCGGCGGACGGUGUCAUUCUGUGCAUGGCCGUGUCCGAACACGUGGAGAACGCUGGUGUACAUUCGGGUGAUGCGACACUCGUGACACCACCGCAAGACAUCAACCGGGAAACGCUGGAGCGCAUCAAGGAGAUAGCCCGAGACAUUGCCGACCUGCUGGAUGUAACGGGUCCGUUCAAUAUGCAGCUGAUUGCGAAAAAUAACGAGCUGAAGGUGAUCGAGUGUAAUGUGCGCGUGUCGCGCUCGUUCCCGUUCGUGUCGAAGACGCUUGACUUCGACUUUGUGGCACUGGCUACGCGGGUCAUCGUGGGACAUACGGAUAUUGAGCCUGUGGAGGUGAUGCAUGGUCGCGGGCUGGUUGGUGUAAAGGUGCCCCAGUUCAGCUUCUCCCGAUUGGCUGGAGCUGACGUGAUGUUGGGUGUGGAGAUGGCAUCAACUGGUGAGGUUGCCUGCUUUGGGGAGAAUCGCUACGAAGCCUACCUCAAGGCUAUGAUGUCAACCGGAUUCCAAAUACCGAAGAAGUCGAUACUACUCAGUAUUGGAAGUUACAAGCACAAAAUGGAACUCUUACCAUCGAUACGUAUACUCGAGAAGAUGGGCUACAAGCUGUAUGCGUCAAUGGGCACGGGUGACUUUUAUACCGAACACGGCGUUGAGGUCGAGAGCGUACAGUGGACGUUCGAUUCGUUUGCCGCAGAGGACAAUGGCAACGGUGCUGGAAGUGAGCUGCGCCAUCUGGCGGAAUAUCUCGCCAACAAGCAGUUUGAUCUGGUGAUCAACCCACCGAUGAGUGGUGGCGGCGCUCGUCGGGUAGCCUGCUUCAUGACGCACGGUUACCGUACCCGACGGUUGGCCGUCGAUUACUCCAUCCCGCUCGUGACGGAUGUGAAGUGUGCGAAAUUGCUGGUAGCGGCAAUGCAACGGAUCGGUGGUGCACCGUCGAUGAAGACACAUAUCGACUGUAUGUCGUCCCGGUUGAUGGUAAAGCUGCCCGGCUUUAUUGAUGUGCAUGUGCAUCUGCGGGAACCGGGCGCACCGCAUAAGGAAACUUUUGCGACGGGUACGGCAGCGGCCCUUGCCGGUGGUAUAACGAUGGUACUGGCGAUGCCGAACACCCAACCGGCUAUAGUUGAUCGGGGAGCGUUCCAGCAAGCGGUGGAACUAGCACAGAAAGGUGCACGAUGUGACUACGCACUGUACGUUGGUGCGUCCUCUACCAACUUCAGCACCGUUCAUGAGUUGGCGUCUCAAGCGGCCGGUUUGAAGCUUUACCUAAACGAAACGUUCACGACGUUGCGAUUGAAUGGUCUAUCCGUGUGGCAGGCGCAUCUUGCCAACUGGCCAAAGCGGGCACCGCUGUGUGUGCACGCCGAGCGGGAAACGAUGGCGGCGGUACUGCUGUUGGCCUCACUCACCGACCGCCCAAUACACGUGUGCCAUGUAGCGCGCAAAGAGGAGAUACUGUUGAUCAAGGCGGCCAAAGAGCGUGGCCUGAAGGUGACAUGCGAGGUGUGCCCGCAUCAUCUCUUCCUAUCGACGGCCGAUCUCGACCGUAUUGGAGCGGGACGGGGUGAGGUGCGUCCGGUAUUGUGUAGCCCGGAAGACCAGCAAGCGCUCUGGGACAAUCUGGACGUGGUGGAUGUGUUUGCGACGGAUCAUGCGCCGCACGCCCGGGAGGAGAAGGAAUCGGAACGGCCACCGCCGGGUUUCCCCGGGUUGGAGACGAUUCUCCCGCUGCUGUUGACGGCCGUCACCGAAGGGCGGCUUACGAUGGAUGAGCUGGUGAACAAGUUCCACAGUAAUCCACGCCGGAUCUUUAACCUGCCGGAGCAACCGAACACGUACGUUGAGAUUGAUCUGAGCGAGGAGUGGAUUAUACCGGACCGUCCGGCACAUUCCAAGGCGCACUGGACACCGUUUGCGGGGAUGCGCGUGAAGGGUUGCGUGCAUCGUGUGGUGCUGCGCGGUGAGACGGCGUACGUCGAUGGGUUGGUGUUGGUCAACCCGGGCUAUGGGCAGAACGUGCGCGAAUGGCACGGUGGAAAGCCACCGAUGGCCGGUGCCGCUUCGAUCGAGCGUAUCGAUGUGCUGAACCACUCGAUCGGAUCCGGUUCGGGUGUGGGCUUGCGGACCGCAGACCUCGAACCGGACCUGCAAACGAACGAAGCAUUCUAUCAGCUGCUCUCGCCGGACGGUACUAAUGCGCACGUGAAGCAGCUCGGCGUACACUUUGCCGGGGAGCAAUCGGGGAUGCGUUCGGCGUCGCCACUCCCACCGAGGAUACGGUGCGAUUCGACCGGCAAUCAAUCUGUGGUCGGUAAGCUCGAACCAAUCUCCAUCAAUACUGGGCUGGGUGGGGUGCGUGAACGUCAGCUAGCGGGUCGUCACGUCCUGACGGUGGAUAUGUUCACCAAGGAGCAUCUGAACGAAAUCUUUCACCUGGCGCAAACGAUGAAAUCACGCGUCGCUAAGGAGCGACUGUUGGACGAUCUAUUGCGCGGAAAGGUGAUGGUGUCCAUCUUCUAUGAAGUGAGUACACGCACGAGCUGUAGCUUUGCAGCGGCAAUGCAGCGUCUCGGUGGUCGGAUCGUACACAUCGACGAAACGUCCUCAUCCGCUAAAAAGGGCGAAACGCUCGAGGAUAGCAUCCAGGUGAUUGCUGGUUAUGCUGAUGUAGUUGUACUGCGACAUCCAUUGCCCGGAGCGGUUACGCGCGCUGCCCAGCAUUGCCGUAAGCCACUAAUCAACGCGGGCGAUGGUGUUGGAGAACAUCCAACACAAGCACUGCUGGAUAUAUUUACCAUCCGCGAGGAAAUCGGUACGGUGAACGGUUUAACGAUCACGAUGGUGGGUGAUCUGAAACAUGGCCGUACCGUCCACUCACUGGCACGGCUGCUGACGAUGUACAACGUGAAUUUGCGCUACGUUUGCCCGGCCGGGCUCGAGAUGCCGAGCCACAUUAAGCAGUACAUCGACAAGAAGGGUAUCUCCCAGCGUCAGUACGACUCGCUCGAGACGGCUAUUAUUGAUACGGAUGUGCUGUAUAUGACACGGAUCCAGCGUGAGCGGUUUGAAAGUGAGCAGGAGUACGAGAGGUGUUGCGGACAGCUGAUACUAACGCCCCAAAUUAUGACAUUGGCCAAGCGUCGCAUGAUCGUGAUGCACCCAUUGCCGCGCGUCUUCGAAAUCAGUGUGGAGAUUGAUAGCGAUCCCAGGGCGGCAUACUUCCGGCAGGCGGAAUAUGGAAUGUACGUGCGUAUGGCACUGCUAGCGAUGGUGUUGGGACGAAACUGAAAGAAAACCCAGCAAAAAAUUGGACGCAAAACAAACCCGAUGUCCACCGUACAGUGUCAGUUCUGGAGGUGUUUAUUCCGAUACGAAGUAUCUAUACAUUGGAGAGGUGGGCUAAACACGAAGCUAAUACUAGAUACGGUACCAAUCCUAGAUAUAAUGUUGGAACAAACGUUUCCAGCAACAUUACGAAUACCUAAUUCUAAAUAUGAAACCAAUCCUAACGAUGGUGAUGGAGCCAGCUUUUGCUGUAACAUCAUUUUUUCGUGGAACCAACCAUGCAACGAACUUCCUUACUUACUGUUAUGCAUUUCUGUUACAAGUUUACACAAUAAAACAACACGGUUUCGUGUGGGUGUUGACUAUAAAACAAA